GUCAAAAUUUGAUAAUAUUUGAGUUAAAUAAUGAAAAUUAAAGAAUGAAUCGUUGGAGGUACACUAGUCCCUUACUGUUAGAUAACGAAUCAACGCUGACGUGUGAAAAAAACGUCCGAUUAUAUGAUGGGGAUCAAAAGACAUCAUUUGAGGGCGGAGAACUGAUAAUAACCACUCACAGGAUACUGUGGGGCCGCCCUGGCGCCAUCUCCAAAGGCCAGACCUGUCUGGCUUUAAAUCUUUCACUAAUUGUUUACAUUGAAGAGGAAUCACCCAGCGCUUUUAGUUUCAGUCGUUCACGAAAAGUUCUUUUGCAUUUGUCAGAACCCACAGAUCUUGAGGAUGGUCCACAACCGUCCAGCAUUUACAAUUUUAUUAAACUGUCCUUUAGGGAAGGAUUUGGUUCAGAUGUUGUCGGGAUUUUAAACGACAGCAUCCAGAAGAAGGCUUGGGAGGGUCGGACGGUCCCGAAAAGUGUCCCACAGAUCAAACUAAGAACGGGAAUUGUGGGCAUUGAACGCAGCCUGCAGGAGAAGCAAAAAGCCACAGAUGAGAGCAUCUCAGUUGCCUUCCAAGAUUUGAACAAACUCAUGGGCAUGGCUAAAGAAAUGGUGUCACUUUCGAAAAUGAUUUCAACAAAAAUUAAAGACAAGCAAGGGGACAUAACUGAGGACGAAACCGUUCGGUUCAAGUCCUAUCUUCUUAGCCUGGGCAUUGACGACCCUGUGACGCGAAACGCCUUCAAGUCAGACAACCAGUACUACAGGAGUCUGGCCAAAGAAAUAUGCGAUUUGCUUCAAUCUCAUAUUGAAGACAGGGGAGGUAUGAUGGCCUUGACUGACGUCUUUUGCUGGGUGAAUCGAGCAAGAGGGUUGGAGCUGCUUUCUCCCGAAGAUAUCCUCAGCGCUUGUCAAAUAAUGGAAUCAAUGUCUUUGCCGCUGAAGUUGAUUCAGUUCAGUUCAGGUGUUAUGGUGCUGCAACUUGCGACUUUGGAUGAUGAGAGUGUUGCAGAAGCUACAGCGAUUUUGUUGGACGAUAAAGGAUCACUCUCUUCUGAAGAGUUAGCACAAGCACUCGGAAUUUCUGUUACUUUAGCUAAGGAAAGGCUUUUGACUGCGGAGAAACAUGGAAAGUCUUGUAGAGAUGAUUCGAUUGAAGGCCUAAGAUUUUAUCCUAAUAAAUUUUUAACCAAUUAAAAUAAUAAAUAAAUUAUUUGUUGUAAA